AUGAGGUUGUUGAUCAGAAUUUUGCCGCGUUUUGGUGCUAUUCUAACUACUGAGCCCAUAAAGUUAUCGUCGCAUCGUUUCAAAAUGACCGAAGUAACGCCACCAAAACGUGCUCUUUCAACGCCCGUUAUUGGAACCCAUAAUGGGACUUUCCACUGUGAUGAAGUGGUUGCUUGUUUCAUGUUAAAGCAGCUACCGGAGUAUGAGAACGCAGAGAUUUUACGAAGUCGUGAUGAUAAGCUUUUGCGAGAAAAGUGCGAUAUUAUUGUCGAUGUUGGCAGUGAAUUUGAUCCCGAAAAGAAACUCUUCGAUCAUCACCAGAAGUCUUUUCAGGACACCUUGAGUAGCAUACGUCCAGAAUUGGGCAAGGAGUUUGACAUAAGGCUGAGUAGCGCCGGAUUAGUUUAUGCCCAUUAUGGCGAGGAAGUCAUUCAAAGUAUAUUGAAAAAGCAACGCGGUAUAGAGCUGUCAGCAGAGAAUCUGAAACUGGCGUUCGUGCAGAUCUAUCGCAACUUCAUAAGCGAACUGGAUGCCAUUGACAAUGGCGUGCCGUUGUUUGAUGGUGCCGAGCCACGCUACAAAAUCUCAACGCAUUUAUCAGCGCGCGUAGGCCGCCUGAACCCAUCGUGGCAUGAGACGAAUGUAGAUAUAGACAAACGUUUUUACCAAGCAAUGGAAAUGGCGGGUAACGAGUUUGUCGGAAAUGUAUUGGAAGUGGCUUGCUCGUGGAUUCAAGCGCGCGAUCAUGUGCGUUCAGCACUUCUGGAAGCAAAGUCUGUUCAUCCCACCGGGGAAAUUCUUAUCCUACAAACGUUCGUUCCUUGGAAGGCCCACCUGGCUGAUUUAGAGAAGGAAUAUAAUGUUGAGGGUGUGCCAAAGUUGGUUCUAUUCAACGACGGCACAAGCUGGAGGGUGGCAGGCGUCCCUUUAUCAGCUGGCAGUUUUCUUGGCCGCAAGUUCCUGCCCACCGUGUGGCGAGGAUUACGCGAUGACGAACUGAGUACCCUAGCAGAAAUAGAGGGCCUAAUAUUUGUGCACCAUUCCGGAUUCAUUGGUGGGGCGAAAACCAAGGAGGCUGCGCUAGCCAUGGCCAAAAAGAGCAUCGAGUGGCCAGAGGAAUAACUUAUGAGAACUUCAAAUAAAAAUAGAAGACAUCAUACCUUACAAAUUUUGUGUAUUUCAUAUGUCGUGUAACUGAUACAUAUAUUAAGUUAUCAAAUUAAUAGAUGAACCCUGCCAUUGAA